ACUGGCAAGAAACAUUUAUCCAAUCACAAAACCGUUUAGUCAGACGUGAUCGUAGAGGGCUAGUUCACUUCCUGUUAUCAACAUAACUGACAAUGGAGGCUGCGUUAACAUGCGACGGUGGGAUUUGUCAAGGAAAUGGAGAUAUGGGUGAAAGCGACGCGGUAAAAAUCCCUGACAGACUGCUGAAAAGGGAACAGGAAAGGCAGGAUGAGGCGGUGCGGCGUAGAGAGGCAAAAGAAAAGCUGUCCGUUACGGAAGAAAAAAUAGAUUACUUCUCCAGUGCCUUUAACGCCGAGAAGACGUCUGUCGAGGAGAUGCUGUCCUCUUGCUCCGCAGAAGAUCGUGGCGGAGCUACUCAGGUUUUAGAAGAGGUAACCUUAAAGAUACAACAGCUUCAGAAGUUCCUCAACGACAGCACGGUAUUUCUUACCCAAUACGAGCUCAGGCAUGCACAGGAAGCGCUGCAGAAGCUGCAGAGUGUCUUGGCCGAAAAGAGGGAUGAGGUUAUUCCCAAGAAAAAAUUUGCCUUCCGCUCUCGCACUGCAGGGGCUAAUAAAAAAGUUACACCGGAUCCUGUCCGUGCUGAACCCGCAAGCGGUGCACAGAAUGCCGGUAACGGUGGUGUCACGGCCGUGGACGGUGUGAUUGGUGCGGAGCAGUUCGGGUUUUCCAGCGUCGAUUCGCAGGUGUUGACCAAAGGGGCGGAUGAAAUACAGCAGCGCGACGUGCUCCUGACACACCUGACGAAUUGCAAGGUGCGGCUUCACGGAUCCCCCAGUACCUUGCACAUAAAGCACGUCCGGGACUGCGAGAUUCUCUGCGGCCCGGUCUCCAGCUCCGUCUUCGUGGAUCAGUGCUCCGGCUGCACCCUUGCCUUCCCCUGCCAGCAGCUGCGGACCCACAACACUACCAACACCCAGGUGUACCUGCACGUCACCAGCCGGGCCAUCAUCGAAGACUGCUCGGGAGUUGGUUUCGCUCCUUUCACCUGGAGUUACCCGGGAAUGGAUGCCGACUUUAAGGUGUCCGGACUGGACAGGGACAGAAACAACUGGAGCCAGGUGGAUGAUUUUAAUUGGCUCGCAGCGGGCACCCCGUCUCCAAACUGGACUGUUAUUCCUGAACCAGAGAGGAAAAUUACAUGGGACUGAUUGACACCGAAGUUAGCCAGGGACCGGCUCAUAGUCUGAAGAGGGAAUAGUUCCCAACACCAUAAAGAACAGCACAUAUUGAUUAUUUAACACAAAAGGUUGUAAAGCUUGAUUUAGGUUUUGAUUAAAAAUGAACGACAUGCUGGUAAGCAUUUGCACACUGGGCUCAGAAAUGUGAAGAUUUUGCGCAAAAUUUCAUUCCCCUCACUGUAUUUGCCAUAUAAGUCAAAGUAAUGAUUAACCAAAGUGUGUAAAAAUAAUUUUAAUUUAAUGCAUUGUAAUAUCCUGGUCAAAUUAAAAGCACAUUAACA